CAAACAAUUGUAUUAAACAAAACAAAAAGAAAAGGAGAAAAGUGAUAGACGUGAAAGGGGGAUUUUCAUUAAACGCUCUCCCUGCGCAGAAAGAGAGAGAGAAUAAUAAUGUAUUGGACGAAGCUUCUGGAGAAAUUGGAGCUAUAAACCGCUGUUUUUUUUAAAAUUAUGUAUUGUGGGUUGGAAGUGGUAAAUGGGGAGAGAACCGGAGGACAAACACAUGGAUAAGAAGAAGCUAAACAGCUCUUCAGGAUCUUCGCAGCAUAUGGAGCCUGCAGAGGUUAAGGAAUGUACUGAUGAUCACAAUGAGGGAUCUGGAUCCCAAUCCCAUAGGAAGAAGCUAAACACACCUCCUCAGCCGCAUAAAACUCGUGGUGGCGUGAAUUACACUGUUCCAAAACCAUUCUCUCUGUCGGCUGAAAAGCCUGCUGCUUCCUCCUCAGUCUGCGCAAGAGCAGGAGGAGUUGAUAGUCAUAAUAAUAAUAAUAAUAACUCACCUGGAAAUGCUGUUAGCCGCAACUCUUCUUCUGGUUCAAGAGGUUCACAGUCAAACUCGCCUAUGCCAGCUAGGAAGACAGUAAAUCACAUGAAGCACCGUGACGACGAAGAUACUUUUUCUGUUGCUUCCUCAUCAGCAACAUCUGUAAGAAGUAUUAAACCCAAGGUAACCAUUGGAGUUGCUCCUACGUUUAGCAGCACCUCUCGGUUGGAGAGACGCAAAGAGUUUUACAAGAAGCUAGAGGAGAAACAGAAAGCACUUGAGGAAGAGAAGAGAGAAAACGAGAAAAGGCUUAAGGAAGAGCAAGAAAUAGCCACUAAGCAACUCCGGAAGAAUAUGGCUUACAAAGCUAAUCCCGUACCGACUUUCUACCACGAGCCUCCUCCACAGAAACCUCCACUCAAAAAGUUUCCUCUGACUCGGCCCAAGUCACCAAACCUUAACCGUAGAAAGAGCUGCAGUGACACAGUUAACUCAUCACAUCAGGAGGUGAAAGGGAAGCAUUGUGCUCGACAUCGCCACAGCGUAGACGGUCGCAAGGACGAAUCCAAAGCUAGUAGUAGCCCGAUGAGGACACCAGAUAAGAAGAAGUCCACAAAGGACACACCAAAGUCUGAAGAAGUUUAUGGAAGAAACAAGAGCGGCCAUGAGGGAGAGGUAGGUGAGAAUUGAAUUGAUGCUGUGGAGUGACGUGACGUGACGUUUAGUUUAUAGCUUCGUUUUGACUAACUUGGUGAUUGAGAAACAAGAAAAAUGGGUGACAAGUGUAAGAGGAAGAACAGGUUCUAGAGUGAAAAAAACGAGUUUGAAAGUUUCAGUUGUCUUGUUUUGCUUAUUAUUCUAUAUAUUGAUUUGCUUAAAUCAGCUACUCUUGUUUAAUCCUUUCUUUGUCCGUUUGUCGUUUGGGAAUUGAUGUGAAAUGUAUAUCAAAGCUGUCUUAAUUUUAAGUUAUUAAACC